AUGGCCAAUAAUCCAAUGGGACUCCGCAUACUUUCUCUGGACGGCGGUGGUGUUAAGGGAUACGGUUCUCUUCUAAUUCUAAGGCGCAUCUUCCGAACAAUGGUGACAGAAGGCGGCCUCGACAAAGAACCUCUGCCAUGUGAAGUUUUCGACCUCAUUGUAGGUACUUCAACCGGUGGCCUGAUAGCGAUCAUGCUCGGGCGCCUUCGCCUGUCCAUCGAUGAAUGCCUGCUUCAGUACGAGAAGACGGGCAAGGCUGUGUUCGACAAACCGAUAUCUCAGAACAAAUUAGGUAAAAUGUUUAAACAGGCGACCAGCAGCGCGCUCUAUGAUAUCAACAAGCUUCAGGAGGAGAUUCGGAUAUUGCUUGCGUCUUGCAACAUGGAACCGGACAGUCAGUUUGUUGAAGACGGCCGGGGAAAUUCUUGCAAGGUCAUGGUAUGCGUCACUCGGGGCAUCAACAGCCGCCCCGAUGUUCUCCGGAGCUAUAUCAGCAGCCAUCCAACGCAGGAGAACUAUAAAUGCUCCAUUUGGGAGGCAGCCAGCGCCACCGCCGCUGCUCCAACAUUCUUCGAUCCUGUCAAGCUCGCGGGAGGUGAAUUAUUCUGCGAUGGAGGCAUGCGCCGGAACAAUCCCAUCGACGAAGCCGUUAAUGAACUCAACCGUGAGCUCGAGAGAGGAUGGUCAGGGCGGUCGCUAGGCUGCCUGGUCAGCAUUGGCACUGGUGUUGUUGAAGCAGCCAAGAUUUCAACUUCAGUUACUACACUUAUCAAGGCUGUAGUUAAGAUUUUGACUGACUCUGAAGACACGGCGGAGGAGUUUGUCAAGUCUCCGUUUGGCCGACAGUUGGAGAGCUCUGGGAGGUAUUUCCGCUUUAAUGUGCCUCAAGGCCUGCAGACUCUGAAACUCGACGAGUGGAAGGAGACUGAGAAACUUAAUGCCGCAACGACCGAGUAUCUGUCAAAGUCGGGGACGGGUAACCUCGUACAGCUGUGUGCUCAAGCUCUCAACGAUCCAGAUGCACUUCUCAAUAUGCCCCUGUUUUCAAAUUGCCAGCCAAGACUUAGCAAUCCAUGCAAUAAUUUUGUGCAGAGACACUUUUAUCAAAGCCGUCUUCGCGAAUACUUCUGGAACUUUAAUUGCACGAAACCGCAGAUUUUUGUCCUCUGGGGCCUUGCUGGUGUUGGGAAAACCCAGCUAGCACUCAAGUUCGCUGAGAUGAUAAAGACUCGGCUCAAGGUUUUCUGGAUCCCCGCAGAUCAGCCUAGCAAUUUUAAUCAAAGCUAUGCCAAGUUGUUGCCCCAGAUUCACCCUGACCGUCAGUUAGCGAAUGCGAUACAGGACCUUCCCACCCUACUUGAAGAGACAUGCUCCGAGUUGGAGGCCAACCCAGCAGGCUGGCUCCUUGUCAUGGAUAAUACGGAUGACUUUGACGAGUACCGACAGGCCAUGGACCCCUACCUGCCCAAAUCCGGGCGUAUUCUUAUCACCAGCAGAGAUCCAAGGUUUCAGGGAGACGUUGCCACUGCAGAAGAUGGUAUAAAUGUUCUGCCUAUGGAAAGAGAAGAGAGUAUAGAACUCCUGACAAAAUCUAUCCCGGGGCGACUUCGGAAGAUCCCCAGCGAGACAGAAGAAGCUCCGUCCUAUCUCGUGAACAUGCUGGGCAACCUUCCCCUUGCUAUCGCGCAGGCGGCUGCCAAUAUCAGGGACCAGCAGGUAUCCCUUCGGGACUAUAUCAAGCUCUUCCAUGACGACAUGGACCCUUCCAGCAGCUUCCGUGUGCCAGUCCGGGAUAGAAACGCACGGGACCCCAGAAAUGCGGAGCAAUCAGUAAACAAGACGUGGGGUGUCUCCUUGAAUAGGUUACGAGAAUCCUCGCCCUCGACCGUACUGCUGCUUGGGUACAUGUCCUGCCUACAUUGGGACAGGAUUCCUGUCGAUUUAAUGCGCAAGUUGCCUAAGUUCAGGGACUUUAGUCCAAUCGAGUUCAGAAGAACGAUUGCAAGAGCGCUUCAACUAUCUCUCGUCCAAGAACACGACUUGGGACGGUUUUCGGUACUGCAAAUGCACCCCCUGGUGCAUGGGUAUGCCUGGAGUCAAGUCGGAUCAACGGAUUGCAAGUUUGUUGACGAGAUAGUAUCCCUUCUUUGCAUAUCAUUUCCCCUUACAACAAGCCACUCUUCCGACUCCCCGGACUGGGCGUUGUGUUCGUUCCUUUCAUCUCAUUGCCGCCGAGCCAUUACUGUUUCCGAGAACUUAUGUCUACAAAGCAAACAACUGGCUCGGUUGAUGCAAGUAUACAGCAGUUACCUAAACGAAUUUGGAGACCUAAAAUCUGCUUUGUUGAUAUCUACCCGUGCUCUUAACUUGGCAACGGCAAUGUGGGGGCCUCAUGACAUAUCCACAUUCUAUGUUCGCAAAACCAAGAUUGACUGCUUGCAGAACAGCCAGAUGUACCAAAAAGCAUUAGAGGAUAUAGACAGAGGCUUAGAGUACUUGCAAUCAGCACGACAUGGCUCAAUGGAAGAGGAGGUUGAGCGGCUGGGCGAGAUUGGUAAUUUGCUCUCUACUAAGAGAAUCAUCCUCAGUGAGAUGUUCGAUCAUCAAGCAGCACUUGACGUCUCAAGCCAGGCUGUCGACAUCCUCACAGAAAUACAAAGGAUGGGCCCGCAAAGCCCUUCGGUCGAAUCCGCGCAGUUGGUUGCCCGUCACAACCAAGCCCACAGCCUACAUCGGCUGGCCAGAUUUGAUGAGGCAGAGGUCCUAAAUCUAGAGGUUCUGAAAGACUCGUUGAGGUCAGAUGGUUCUGUCAAAGUGGAUCGCCGUUCUUACCAUGCCUUUCUAAAUCUUCGUGGACAAAUUAUAGCGGACAAGGACAACGCUUCGCCGAACCAACACAUGGAAGCUUUGGAAAUAUUCAACCUUGUAUUUCAAGCCACCCUCGCCACGCAUGGUAUAGGGAGUCUUGACACAUGGGUCGCAGUGAACAAUGUUCUCUCAGCACUCGAGGCGCUAGAUGGAGACUCGCGGGUACAAUUAACCUCGCUAGAGCUUUUUGAAACGCUGUUUUCCUUGGCCACCAAGCAGGGUCUACCACGAAGAGCAUGUCAUCCGGAGUUUCAAUGCGCUCUGUGGACUUUCUUGGGCAAUCUUAACGCUUCUUUGCAGCUCCUUCAAUCACCUGACUUUGAACGAUUGUGGGGAAUGCGAACUGAGUUCGUGCAAGUAUGCAAAAUGACACAGGAACUACCAUCUUUGUAUACUGCGGGUCGAGCCAAUGCAGCUGGCGUCAUGUUACAGGCCCGUGGCAGGUUUGAGCUUGCCGAAGCCCAGCAUAGGGAAGCCCUCGAUGUCUUGAAUCAACUGCCAGAAGAGGCUUUGGCGGCUAAGAAUGUCCGAGACCUCUUCAAUGUCUCCCAUUACAAUAUCAUGUUGGCUUUGGCUCGGCAGGGUAGAGUGUAUGAAGCACGUAUCUACCGAGACGGGCACCGGAGUGAUAUAUCCCCGGCAGAGGAAACGUAUGAUGCACUGGAGGAGAUCUUGUCCCAACUGACCAGUGGUGGCUAG